AUGUGCCACGCGGCGACUUUGCCGUCGUUGACAGACUCGACGGUUGUUUCCGCGACACCAGCCACGUCACCGCCGCAAAAUACCCCGGGUUCCGAUGUCGACAUGUUGGUGUGGUCCACGACCGGCGUGCCCCAAAUAAAUCGACGCACUUCUUCAGGAACUGCUCGGAUGUUGGUGAAGCCCUUGCGGAAAACGACGAAGACUCUCUUGGCGCCGCAUCGAAGGGCAGAAGUGGCGCAAUCAAAGGCCGUGUCCCCGGCUCCGAGAACAAUGACCCUGCCAUGGAAGAUGCUCGAUAUGAAAGCCUUGAUGUCGAGCUGCGUUGGACAGGAUUUCUGGCACGGAGCGUCAGCACAUUUCAAGCAUCUCGCGGCUUCCUUCAAGGCACCUCGCUCGCUCAAAGUGUCUUCACUCUUCACACGAGGCACAAACGGAGCUGAGAAACUCUGCGCCAGCAUGCAGCUGGAUCCGGGCUCAACAACACAUGCCCUCCGAAAACAACGAGCUGAGGAGGAGCGCAGGGUGAAAGCAGCAGCAGAAGCCGAGGAGUCCAAGGCCUGGGGCAUGGAUGAGCAGUUUGAAAAGAUGUUGGCUGCCAAAUUGGCUGCGGCUGAGAUUGCCAAUAUGAAACGCGCGAAUGCCCGUGCCAUAGAAGAAGAGAUUGAAGUGUUAUCAAGGCUCAUGGAAAUUGUUCGCAGCCGGGACCUGGAACCAGAUGAGAAGAAACUCAUCAAUGAGCUCCUUCAAGCCCCUGACGCGUACGAUGAUAAUGACCAUGCUUCGGACAAUAAGCGCUGAGAACUGAAGAUCUGACUACUGUAUAAUCAUGUGCCUUUAUUUCUUUCUUUUCCAGUUUUCUCUUUUCUUUGAAGAUUUCAUCUCACAUUCUCAUGUGAGAGUCAUGCAAGUAAUGCACAGAAAUGCAUCAUAUAAGACCCUGAUGAAAAAA